AUUAGUCCGUGUGCUCAGCCCUUGGACAGCUCCUGUGUGUGUGUGUGUGUGUGUGGGUCUGUCUGUCUGAAAUCAUGCACCUGGAGCGCGCGAGGCCAGGCCCGCAGCACAUAAACUAGCUAGUUCCCGGAGGUUCUCGGUCUAACCCCGCUGGAGUGCCGCUGGGCAGGUUGACAAGAGCAGAGAAAAAAGACAAUACGAGGCGGGAGGACAGCCAUUGCUUUUCUCCUUCGCUGCUAAUAAAGAAAGCAGCGUCUCCGCCGUGUAUCUCCAGAACAACAGACAGCCCGGCGGCGGAGGAAACACCGCACCGGGACCCGCCUGGACCCGCGUUAUUGUCUCUUUGACUGUGUGGAUUUCUGCCUGAAGAUGGCUUCUCUGAGCGCGCUGCUGUUGCUGCCAGUCCUGUGUAGCAUCAUCAGCACCUCCAGCGCUGCAUCCUCAGUAUCCCGGAAAUGUGAGGACAGCUUGGCCACUCCUCUCCCGUAUAGCUCCUUCACCAGUUCAUCUGUGUACGCACGAGGACGCGGAGCUGGUUACGCCAAACUCAAUCGGAAACAAGGCGCUGGAGGAUGGUCGCCCUUGGAUACAGAUCGUUACCAGUGGUUGCAGGUGGACCUGGGUUCUAGGAAGCAGGUGGUUGCCAUAGCUACACAGGGUCGCUACAGUAGCUCGGAUUGGACCAGCAAGUAUCGGCUGCUUUACAGUGACACGCAGAAAAACUGGAGGCCGUAUCUACAGGAUGGAAACAUCUGGACGUUUGAGGGGAACGUGAACAGUGAGGGAGUUGUUCGCUAUGAGCUGCAGCACGCCAUCCUGGCUCGCUACAUCCGCUUCAUCCCCGUGGACUGGAGCAGGGAGGGACGCAUCGGAGUACGCCUGGAGCUCUAUGGCUGCUCAUAUUGGGCCGAUGUGAUCAGUUUCGAAGGCCAUGGUGUCAUCCCCUACCGAUUCAGGAGUAAGAAGAUAAAGAUUGCAAAGGACGUCAUCUCUCUUAAGUUCCGAACCACGGCAGCGGACGGGGUCCUGCUCCACGGAGAGGGACAGCAGGGAGACUACAUUUCCCUGGAGCUCAGCAGGGCAAGACUGCAGCUCAGCCUCAACUUAGGCAGUAACCAGUACGGAUCCAUUAAGGGGCACACCUCUGUGACCAGUGGGAGCUUACUGGAUGACGACCACUGGCACUCAGUUGUCAUAGAGCGUUACCGCAGGAACGUCAACUUCACCCUGGACCAUCACACUCAGCAGUUCAGGACCAAUGGAGAGUUUGACCACCUGGACCUGGACUAUGAGAUCAGUUUUGGAGGACUGCCUUUAUCAGCCAAGCCAAGCUCUGGAGGCAAAGAUAACUUUGUGGGAUGCAUGGAGGGGAUCACUUACAACGGAGACAACAUCACUAAUCUGGUCCGCAGGAAGAAGGUGGACACCUCCAGCUUCCGUAACCUGACAUUUUCGUGUGCUGAGUCCAACUCCUUCUCCGUCUUCUUCAACUCCACGUCCUUCCUGCGGCUGCCGGGUCAGAGUGACAGCGACACUCUGUCAGUCAGUCUGUCUUUCAGGACGUGGAACCCCAACGGGCUGCUGAUGUUCACGGCGCUGGCUGACGGCUGGGUGGAGGUGGGACUGACGGAGGGCAAGGUCACCGUCUUCAUGAAUGUGACACAGAAGAAGAACACACGCAUUGACAUCUCAUCAGGUUCGGGUCUGAAUGAUGGCCAGUGGCACAGUGUGCAUCUGAACGCGUUGGAGAACUACGCUAUGCUGACAGUCGAUGGAGACGAGGCAUCCACAGUCAGAACGGCCAUCCCCAUCCAGAUCCAGACCGGAGGAAGUUACUACUUUGGAGGCAACUUUCUGCCCACCACCACCCGAUCCCUUCAGCGCUCCUUCCAGGGCUGCAUGCAGAUGAUCCACAUAGACGACCAUCUGGCUGACCUCAGGGCUGUGGAGCAGGGCCUCAUUGGAACCUUUGAAAAUGUCAGUCUGGAUAUGUGCGGCAUUAUAGACAGGUGUGUUCCUAACUACUGUGAGCACGGUGGCCGCUGUUCUCAGACGUGGGAUACAUUCAGCUGCAACUGUAGCGGCACUGGAUACACUGGAGCUACCUGCCAUACCUCGAUGUUUCAGCAGUCCUGUGAGGAGUAUAAGCACCAAGGGAAGAGCUCUGGGACCUACUGGAUUGACCCAGAUGGCAGUGGAUCUAUCACCCCCUUUAAAGUCAGCUGUGACAUGACAGAGGAAAAGGUUUGGACCGUGCUGAAGAACAACCUCACCCCACAGACAUCAGUCACCAAUGCAGACCAGGAGGGGAAGGCAGUGCUGCAGAUCACUUACAACGUGACUGAUGAACAGGUGUUGUCAGUCACCAGCAGUGCAGCGUACUGUGACCAGUAUGUAGCCUACGCCUGCCGAAUGUCUCGUCUGCUCAACACUCCUGACGGCGUCCCGUUUACCUGGUGGGUAGGAAGAGCCAAUGAGAGGCAUUCUUACUGGGGGGGCUCAGGACCAGGGAUACAGAAGUGUUCCUGUGGUAUCGAACACAACUGUACUGUCGCCAAACACUACUGCAACUGUGACGCUGACCUGCGCAAUUGGAGGGAGGAUGCAGGCCUGUUGGUGUAUAAAGACCAUUUGCCAGUCAGUCAGGUUGUGGUUGGUGAUACAAGCAGAGCUGGAUCUGAGGCCAAACUGACUAUAGGGCCACUCAAAUGCCAUGGAGACCGGAACUUCUGGAACGCAGCGUCCUUCGCCAGCCCCGCCUCCUACCUCCACUUCCCUUCCUUCAGAGGAGAAACCAGCACCGACAUCUCCUUCUACUUUAAGACUUCGUCCACUCAUGGAAUCUUUCUUGAGAACCUGGGAACCACCGACUUCCUUCACAUUGAACUCAGAGGUGGCUCUGUGGUCCUCUUCUCUUUUGAUGUUGGCAGAGAGCGGGUGGAGCUCAGCGUCCACUCGCCGGUGCCUCUAAAUGACGACCAAUGGCAUCGCGUGGAGGCUGAGAAGAACAUCAAGGAGGCGGUUCUGCAGCUUAAUGGACAGUACAGAGAGAUCCGACCCAUGCCCAGACAGGGACACACAAAACUGGAGUUCUACAGUGACCUAUAUGUUGGUGCCUCGAGUGGUCAGAGGGGUUUCCUGGGCUGCAUGCGGGCUCUGAAGAUAAAUGGUGUGACCUUUGACCUGGAGGAGAGGGCGAAGGUAACUCCAGGGGUGAAUCCAGGGUGCCAGGGCCACUGCAGCAGCUACAGGACGCACUGCAAGAACGGAGGGAAGUGUGUGGAGCAGUACAAUGGCUACGCAUGCGACUGCUCCCUCACUGCAUAUGAUGGACCCUUCUGCACCGAUGAUGUAGGCGGCUACUUUGAGACGGGAACCCUGGUGCGUUAUGACUUCCUGCCAGAGGCGAGCGCUUCUGCCUUGCAGGAAGUGAAGAGCAUAUCAGGUGUUGGUGUUCCGAGUGAGGCCAACUUGACUCAGGAGGAGCUAGUGUUCAGCUUCAGCACCUCCAGCGCUCCCAGCAUCCUGGUCUACAUCAGCUCUAGAACUCAGGACUACCUCGCUGUGGUGCUCAGGCACAACGGCACCCUCCAGAUCCGCUACAGUCUUGGGGGGCUAACAGAACCUUACACCAUAGAUGUUGACCACCGUAACAUGGCCAACGGACAGCCACACUCUGUCAACAUAACUAGGUACUUAAGGGAGAUACGACUACAGCUGGACCACUACCCAGUGUCCACAUACACCCUACCCGAGGCCUCCGACACCCAGUUCAACUUGGUCAAAAGUAUCUUUCUUGGAAAGGUCUUUGAAACUGGACAGAUCGACCCCAUCCUAAUUGAGCGCUACAACACACCGGGCUUUGUGGGCUGUCUGUCAAGGGUUCAGUGGAACAGCGUGGCGCCGUUGAAGGCGGCGCUGCGCUCAGGGCUUGCGGCACCCGUCAGCACCCAUGGGAUUCUGGUCCCAUCCAACUGUGGAGCCUCACCCCUGACCAUCUCCCCCAUGGCCUCGGCUAUGGACCCCUGGCACGUGGAAGCAGCUGGAGCCGUUUUUCCCUUUAAUGAGGACGAGGCCAGUGGCGAUGGAGUGGAUCGCAACUCUGCCAUAAUUGGAGGCAUCAUCUCCAUGGUGAUCUUCACUGUCCUGUGCAUCAUGGUGUUCGUGAUCCGGCACAUGUUCCGUCACAAAGGCUCCUACCACACCAAUGAAGCCAAGGGAGCGGACUCGGCAGACUGCGCUGACGCAGCGAUCAUCGUCAAUGACCCCGCCUUCACCGAAACCAUUGACGAGAGCAAGAAGGAGUGGUUCAUCUGAACCCCUUCAACUACACGGACACAUGACGUUAGGAUGUAUGUAGUUUUUCUAAGCAUAGGGAGUAGUAGUGACCUGUGCAACCUCGAGGAUGUGCCGAGUGGUUUAUUUAAAAAACACUUUAUGGACAAUGGACACCUUGGCGUUACAGCGACAGUGUGUAUUAAAGCACAGGGCACAGUGGUGCCUGGCAGAGUCCCGUGUCCAGAUGUGGAGCGGUUUUAUUUCAUUUACAAUGGACAACGUGACAGGAUGAUGAGGGGUGGCGCCAAGAAGUUACAGGCCUUGGAUGAGUGAGUGUGUUCCCUAGCUUUAAUUUAUUAUUUAUUUUAUACAAUUAUAUCAUUUUUCAUUAUAUUUUUAUUUAGAUUUUCAGUUACAUUUAUUCAUGUUAUUUAUUGAUCUAUCCAUAUUUAAGUCACAUAUUUUUUCACACCUUACUUUGUUAAGGUUUAUUUAUUUUUAUAGAUUCAUGUCUUUAUGCCUUGAUGGGAUGUACUGUAAUUUGAAUAUUAAUGGUAAUGAUCAUUGAUCCAUUAAUCCCAGUACUCCUCAACAACUGUAGCAAUUCUCAUAAUUUUUUUUUUUUAAAUGUUAAAUCGCACAUUGAAUCAUUUGCCUUAUUUAAAAAAAAAAAUAUUUUAAGAUUAAUUUUAGUCUCAAAGUUGAAAACUUUGGUGUGUGUGUGGGUGCGUGUGUGUGAGACUUGUCUGUAAAGGAGAUGUAGCCAUGACUUUGUUCAAAUCGUUUUGACUAAUAAUGGAAAGGAAACGUCACACUUCUUUUUAUUUUUGCAUCUACUUAACAGAUAAGGGUCUCUUGAUGACUUUAAAGCAUUGAUUGUUGAAACUCUAAAUGAGUGCAUAGGUUAUUUUACUAUUUCUGCUGCCAAAUGAGUUCAGGGUUUCAGCUUUUAAAGAAUGAACUGAGUCCUGUCAGUCCACAACAACCUGACUCACUUUUCUUUCUUCUUCUUUUUAUUUUUUUUAUUUCUGAGGGCAGGUUUUCUAUUGUUAGCAAUGCCAGUACGUAAUAAUGCAAAAAUGCUUGUCUAUAAGUGGCUGUGUUUUAUUCACUUGUUAUGAGCCUAGACUAGGAGUUUCCUGCAUUCAGUCGUUGUGCUAUCUCUGUGCUGGAGGAGAGAUGAAACCAAUACUGAUCAUCUCGUCUAAGAUGGCGAGUAACAAGCAAAACAAGUAACUUGCCGAAAUGCUACUUUCUCUUUUCUUUAGGUUACCAGCCUCUAAUGGCAGCAUGUUAGGAGUUACAAUUCCCUCAGCUAAAAAGAUUUCCAUUUAACAGUAUUAUUAUAGUAGUAUUUCUGAAGGAUUGGCCAGUGUUAAUGAUGCUUAGUGAAUUUGGGGUUAAGAUAGUAUGUAUGGCCAUGUUAAGGAAUGAGGCCAGCUGCUUUUUAAAGUGGGACGGCUACUCUGUCAGCUCUCGGCUAACUCUUCUGAUGGACUGACUCUUAGUUCAGGGUUCUUCACAAAAUCUGUCCUGUAAAAAUCAGUGUCUUUUAAUUUGUAUGAAGUAGGAGGUUGUUUCUGGAAAAGAAUGUUUGUUACCCACAUACAAAACUAUGGCAUACAUCCUGACAUUUGAUUGCAUUGCAUUGCAUUGCUUCGACUUCAAUGCAGUGUAAUGGCAUGCUGUUAGACACUGAAUGACACAUAUUUCUGUUUGUUAAGCCACUAUAGCAUCACAUUGCUUUUUCUUUAUGUUAUAUGUAUAAAACUUUGCUAAACUGUUCUUCUUUUUAUAGCUGAUUUCACAUUCUUUGUGCUUUUCUCAUUGUCUUGAAUGAUUUGAUGCUCCGUCUUUGGAAAAACCAGUAAAAUAUGAGUACAAAUCUGA